AUGGAGGCAAUGCUCCAACAAUCUCGGGCUAUGUGCCCAUUUCUCAAGCGUACCGCUCCUUCAACUCUGCGGACUCUUUCUACCGCUACUCGGCCCAGUGCCGGAGGUGGCACUAUGUCUAAUCUCCAGGUUUUGGCUCGCCGUUGCCCCGUUAUGAGCAAGGCUCUGGCCGUCCAGAGUGCCCGUAUGUGUGGAACCAAGCGCUUCACCUCCUCCGCUGCUGGAGUCCCCAAGCCAUUCCGUGCGCCAACUGAGAAGCGAUCGCUUCAUACUACCGGUGGUCACCCUGCCAGUGUCGCUCCUGGAUCGUAUGAAAAGAACGAACAGGUUCAUCCUAACCUUGCCCGUCCUCUCCGUCCUUCUCCCGAUGCCGAGGCCGCAGUCCACGCCCAACACCCAGGUGCCGAAGCCCCCACUACCCGAUUCGACUACAACUCCUUCUACGAUGGGGAAUUGCAGAAGAAACACAAGGACAAGUCCUACCGCUACUUCAACAACAUCAAUCGCCUCGCCAAGGAAUUCCCCCGGGCCCAUACCGCCUCUGCCGAGGAGCGCGUGACCGUCUGGUGUUCCAAUGAUUAUCUCGGCAUGGGCCGCAACCGACAUGUGCUUGAGUCUAUGCACCGUACUCUCGAUACCUACGGUGCUGGUGCGGGUGGUACUCGUAAUAUCUCUGGCCACAACAAGCAUGCUGUGCAUUUGGAGGACACGUUAGCCAAGUUGCAUGGAAAGGAGGCCGCACUGGUCUUCAGCUCCUGCUAUGUUGCCAAUGAUGCCACUCUUGCGACUCUCGGUAGCAAAUUGCCUGACUGUGUGAUUCUCUCCGAUAGCCUGAACCAUGCCUCUAUGAUCCAGGGUAUCCGACACUCUCAGGCGAAGAAGAUGGUCUUCAAGCAUAAUGACAUGCAAGACUUGGAGACCAAGUUGGCCUCACUACCACUCCAUGUGCCUAAGAUUAUCGCUUUUGAAUCUGUUUACAGUAUGUGUGGAUCUAUUGCUCCCAUUGAGAAGAUCUGUGACUUGGCCGAGAAGUACGGCGCUAUUACUUUCCUGGAUGAGGUGCAUGCUGUUGGUAUGUACGGUCCUCAUGGAGCUGGUGUGGCUGAGCAUCUGGAUUACGAUGUUUAUGCUUCCCAGGAUUCUGCUGCUCCUAAGAGCACCAAGGGAACAGUCAUGGAUCGCAUUGAUAUCAUUACCGGUACCUUGGGCAAGGCGUAUGGCUGUGUUGGCGGCUACAUCGCAGCCUCUGCAAACAUGGUCGACACUAUCCGUUCCUUGGCUCCUGGCUUCAUCUUCACAACUUCCCUGCCUCCUGCCACUAUGGCCGGUGCCGACACUGCCAUCCAGUACCAGGCCCAGGAACCGCGAGAUCGCGUUCUCCAGCAGCUCCACACUCGUGCUGUCAAGUCUGCGCUGAAGGACUUGGAUAUCCCUGUCAUCCCUAACCCAUCUCACAUUGUUCCUCUUCUUGUUGGUGAUGCCGAGGUUGCUAAGCAGGCUUCGGACAAACUGCUUGAGGAACACGGCAUUUAUGUUCAAGCCAUCAACUACCCCACUGUUCCUCGUGGCGAGGAGCGCCUGCGCAUCACGCCUACCCCUGGCCACACCAAGGAACUGCGUGACCACCUGGUCCAGGCUGUUCAAGCUGUCUGGAAUGACCUGGGAAUUAAGCGUACUAGUGACUGGCAAAGCCUGGGCGGCUUUGUUGGCGUUGGUGUCGAGGGUGCCGAGGAGGCUAACCAGCCUAUCUGGGAGGACUCCCAGUUGGGUCUGAACCCGGUUGAGCCUCUCGAAGGUGCCAUCGCUCGUGAGCUGGAGGCUGAAGCCAGUGCUUUCCAAGCUUCUCAGCCCGCGGCGAUCCCCCAUCUCAAGACCGGCGCUCCCAAGGGCACCCGCGCGUACUGUACCAUCGCCGCUCCCGUCGUGGCUGCUUAA